AUGUUCCGUUCACCGCCAGCGACUCGACCGACCAAUAUGAACACGACAUCGAUGAACAACCGAUCUGUGGACCAAAUACUGAUACCGACCAAUUUGGACACCACAUGGCAGAACACUCGAUUCAUGGAACAAAUAUCCACACUGACCGACCAGGUCAACCGAACAAUCGAACAACGACUGAUACCGACCAAUCAGAACAAUCGAACAACCGAAGAACGACCGAUAUCGAUCACACCACCGCUGAUUUUCCGAACCGGAACGACGCCACUUGUUUCACCGACACCGUCUAAUCGAGAAAGAUCGAUUAGUACUUGCUUUGAGGCUAUGCAAGAACAUGCUAGCCUAUCCGCUGAGCGAAGACGCCUAGAAGCCAUUGAACGAGAGAUGGCCCGACAAAUCGAAGCCCUCCGUUCCCAGGAGGAAGCUGUCGCUGCUGCACGGCGCAAGCUGACAGCUCAAACACCGAGUUCGGUAGGAUACGAAUCCGGUUACGAAUGGAUUAACGACUUAGAAUCGAAGCAGAUACGCGAAUUCCUGCUUACACUAAAUGCUAGCGUUUCAGGAACCGAAGAAGCCCGACGUGACCGACUAUAUCGUGCGCUACGAAGAAAGCGACACCCCGACAUAUCCUGGAGCAACGAAGAUCAAAGAACAACCGCCGAUUCAUCGAUCAAUGAUGAACAACGACCGCGAACUGACCAAUAUAUAGAGAACAACGACCAAACAGCAGCGAUUACGACCGUGAACAGUUGUGAACAACGUUCACUGAACAAAUCGAUAAAAGAAGACACUGAUUCGAGCAGUGGUUACGCAUCGGAUGGUUCAACCCGAUCAACGACCCCGACACCGAGUAUAUCCCCGAAAUCGACGCCGACAAUAUCGCCGAUAGCAACACCGAUAUCGUCAAACCCGACACCGAUAAAAGUGCCGAAACCAAUACCAAUAACAUCGCCGAUAACGACACCGACAUCGAGUAUUUCGUCGACACCGAGUAUAUCGCCGAAAUCGACACCGACAAUAUCGCCGAUAUCAACACCGAUAUCGUCAAGUCCGACACCGAUCAAAUUGCCGAAACCGAAAUCAAGUAUAUUGCCGAUACCGACACCGAUGACAUCGCCGAGGACGACACCGAAAUCAGAAAUACUACCGGAAACGACACCGAUUACGACAUUACCGCCGAAAGCGACACCGUUAAAACCGCUGAAAGAGACACCGAUUACACCGCUGAAAUCGACAUCGAAAAUGUCACCGAAAACGACACCGACAUUAAAAUUAUCGCCGACGACGACACCGACAUUGGAAAUACCACCGAAAUCGACACCGAUAAAUUCGCUGAAACCACCACCAACAUCGAAAUCGAUUAUAUCGCCGAAACCGACCCCGAGAAGCCAACGAGCCGAUUUGAGACCAACAAUCGAAUUGAAGCUGCGUGGUAAGUGCUUCAACUGUCGACAAGCAGGUCAUGGCCAUCAUGACUGCCCGAAACCGCGCCGAUCUGGAUAUUGCUGGUCCUGUGGUGCCGAAAACGGCCCAAACCCGACUUGCUGGACUUGCAACCGAUACUGGUCAAGAUCGAGGAAUGACCAGGCCGAACAACGAACGUCGACCAACCGAUUACCGCCGAACAAUAGACCAAACAACGACCGCCGAUCAAUCGACAAACGCCAAACAACGAACCGAACCGAUCAAACGACCAACCGAACAAGUAAAUCAGGUUACGAGGUUCAACCUGACGAUCAAACCGAAAAACGACCACGAAGAACAACCGCCGAUCAACGCGAACAAAUCGACCAAACACCUCGAAACCCCGUGUCAAUGUCUGGGGGGAGGAGUCGUAGUUUUACAAAACAGUAUGUUGACUUUAGAGAAAACGCGUUCAAAGCUUACAACUGA